GAGGUGAGCCACUUAUAAUCUCCUUUUUUGUUUUUGGCACAGCUCCCCAUAUAAGAGAGGGUAUCGUAAAGAAGCUUAUGGGUUAAGAAACUGAGAAAACAUCGCCUUCUCAGAACCCUAAAAAGCAAUAAAACAAAAAGAGUGAGUGAGAGAGAGAGAGAGAGAGAGAGAGAGAGAGAGAGAGAGAGAGAGAGAGAGAGAGAGAGAGAGAGAGAGAUAGAGUCUUACUGUGUUAGUUAGCUAGCUCUAUAGUGUAAGUGUUAGAAGUAUAAACAACAACAGCAACAACCAUAGCUAUGUUAUUAGUAUAUAAAUACACAAAAGGACCCUCUUUUCUUUUUGAUCUCUAUCAUUCAUCAUCCUCCAUCCACACACACCUCUCUCUUUCUUUCUAUCUAUAUCUAUAAUAUACUAGUGAAACCUAUUAUAUGAUCCUUCUCUUUCACUCUCUCUUUCUAUCUCUAUCUUUGUUUUUGAUGUGAUUCUCCACUAUUAUUAUCUCCAAAAACCCAUCAACCUUUUACAAAAGAUCAGAAAGAAAGAAAGAAUUAAAGAGAGAAAGCAUAAUAUAGAGAGAAUACAAUGGUUUUUUCUUCUCUUCCAGCUUAUCAUGAUCCAGCCAACUGGCAACAGCAACCAAAUCAUCCAAAUAUAAUUCCCAGCAGUAGUAGUGCUGGCAUGAGCAGUGGUUCUCAUCAACUUCUACCACCACCAGCUGCGCCUACUUCGCUACCACUGCCACCGCCACCACCACCCUUGCAGCCUCAUGGAGGAGGAGGUGGGGCCGGGUCGAUCAGACCUGGUUCAAUGGCUGAUCGAGCAAGGAUGGCCAACAUUCCAAUGCCGGAAACCGCAUUAAAAUGCCCUCGCUGCGAAUCGGCCAACACAAAGUUUUGCUAUUUUAACAACUACAGUCUCUCUCAGCCGAGACACUUUUGCAAGACCUGCAGGAGGUACUGGACCAGAGGUGGCGCCUUGAGAAACGUCCCCGUAGGAGGUGGUUGCCGGAGGAACAAGCGCACGAAAGGGAGUAGUGGCGGCGGAGGAGGCUCCUCCAAGUCCCCAGUAAGCAGCUCCGAUAAUAAUCGACACACUGGAGGAAGUAUGACUACCUCCGGUUCUUCUGGCGCAGUACCCUCUGGUAAUAAUGACAUAUUAGGCUUGGCCCACCAAGUCCCUCCGGGGCUCCGUUUCAUGACCCCUUUACAUCAUCAGCUCACUCAUCAUCACGACUUCGUCGCCGCCGCCAGCAGUGAUCAUAAUUUGGGUUUCAACUACGGAGGCCUCAACUACGGCGCUAUGUCAGGACCAAUGGGAGGAGGAGCAGACUUGAAUUUUCAUAUCGGCAGCUCAGCUUUAAGCGGGCCGAGUAAUAAUUCGCUCUUAACUGGAUUCGAACAAUGGCGUAUGCAACAACCUCCGCAGUUUCCGUUCUUGGCCUCCGGGUUGGAUCCAGCUUCUGCGGGUUUGUUCGAGAGCGACGGGUCGGGUUAUCAGCCACGGCCAAAGCAGUCGAGUUCCGGAAUUACUCAUCAGAUGGCUUCGGUAAAAAUGGAAGACAAUAACCAUCAUCAUCAGCAGCAGCAUGAGCUUAAUUUAUCAAGGCAGUUAAUGGGAAACGAUCAGUACUGGAGUGGCGGAGGUGGGGGUGGUGCUAAUUCUGGUAACAAUGCUUGGACGACGGAUCCUUCUGGAUUUAGUUCGUCUUCCACAACUAGCAAUCAACUGUGAACACUACUGUAGCUACUGAUCAAUUAAUCUCUCUUAUAUAACCUUUCAAUAUGUGGUGAUCGAUAUUGAAGCUUCAUCAUUCAAAUUUCAUAGGUGAUUAAUUUGAACAAAAGAAAAUAUUGUACGAGAUAUAGCUCAGCUGAACGUUACUGAUCCAUAACAUAAAUUAUCUUUUACAGCCAGAUCUUGACCGAGAUCGAUGAUGAUCAUGAUCAUGAAACAAUCAUCAUGGCCCUCUUUCAUAAACCCUAGCUAGACAUAUGGUAGGUUCUUUUUUAUUUUUAGUUUUUACCAUUUUUUUUUUUAUAUAUGGGUUUAAUUGCAAGAGUGUAGGAUUUUUCCCCCCUCUUCUUGUUAAUUUCUUUGUUUCUUUAGCUUAAAAAAGAAUGAAAUUAAUGUAUUUUCAGUUUGUUUCUCGACAAUGAGUGUAAGAAUAUUUCUUAAUUUGGUUGUAGUUUUGAGUUAAAAGAUAUUAAUGAUAUUAAUGAUCAUCAAAUUAGCUGUACUAUACCAUUACUA